UUGGCCAUCCCGUUGGUCAUUGCGUUGAUCGUUCUGCACUGUUUGUUCUGUAUCGGACUCAUGGUGACAUUUUUCCACGGUUCCGGACCCCUUCCGCCCAUGUCGGCUCCCGUGGCUCCGGUCGUUCCGAACGCGGUACCUGCGAUACAACCGAAUGUCGAAUCACAAAAAUUGGCCCCCGUUGUAAAACGUGACGCGCCCGUACCUGUCCACGCAACUCCUGGUGCUCGGCCGGAUUAG